AUGGCAACCUCCACGACCUCUGACCCUUUGCCAUCCCGCACGCUCCCCUCCCAUCCGGCUUAUCCGUCAGACGCAAGCCCAGCAGCGCCGUUCGUGCGGCACGAUGCGUAUGAGCAGGGCCAGACGAGCGGUUCGAUGGAGGUUGUGAAGGAGGACUUGAAGGGCAAGGGCAAGGGCAAGGAGAGGGCGGUUGAUCUGAGGGGUUUCGCGGCGGGUACAGCGAGCGGGAUGACGAAGCUCGUCGUCGGCCACCCCUUCGACGUGAUUAAGGUCCGACUACAGUGUUCCCCGCCAGGGACGUACGGCGGGCCAUGGGAGUGUCUGAAGACGACGAUUCGGGCGGAAGGGCCGCGGGCGUUGUAUAAGGGCGCUACACCACCUGCGAUAGGCUGGACGCUGAGCGACUCGAUGCUGAUGGGUUCUCUGCACCAAUACCGACUACUGAUAGCACGAUUUGAGUCUGGCUGGCGGUCGGGCUGGCGAGACGACGGCGCGGGAUUGGGCAAAGACGGGUUGUCGAAAGGCUUGCAGCUGAGUUUGGGCGGUCACUUUAUUGCAGGACUCCUCGCAGGCCAAACAGUCUGCGUCGUCGCCUGCCCAACAGAACACCUCAAAGCCCGCCUCCAAAUGCAGACGACCGGUCCGCGACUGUACACCGGCCCGAUCGACUGCGCGAAGAAGAUCGUGCAGGUCAGGGGCGUGAGGGGCUUGUGGCAUGGGUUUGGAGCAACGCUGAUGUUCCGAAGUUGGAUGGGGAUGAUGUUUUUCUCGUAUGAAGUCAUCCUCCGCGCAUUCCGAAAACACGUGCCGGACAUGAAGCCCGGCACGGCAAACUUCCUCGCAGGCGGUCUCGCCUCAAAUACAUUCUGGAUGGGCAGCUUCCCGUUUGAUGCGGUCAAGAACCGCCUCAUGACCGAUUCCCUCACCAACCCUCGAUACCCAACCUGGAUGUCCUGCGCAAGACAGAUAUACGCAGAAGGCGGAGCAAAAGCUUUCUAUCGCGGCUUCGUCCCCUGCAUCCUCCGAGCAUUCCCUACCAACGCCUCGGCCCUCCUCGUCUGGGAGAGCACGAUGCGCUUCAUCGGCGCCGAGAAACUCGCAACUUCGGACUAG